AAACAGGAAGUUGCUCGCUGUCAAAAUAAAAGAGUGGCUGAAUGACAACAUUGGAUUCUUGUAGCUUGGUUUAAUUUAAGUUUAAAGGUUAGUAAAUGAAAAUUUGCACACGUUUAGUCUUUGUGCAGGCAACAUUAGUUAUCUGUUUUGCCUGUCACUAAAACAAAACGAUGCUAGUGUAUAACAAGACAGUGCAGUGCACACUGCAAACAUGAAUAUUGAGAAAAUGAGAUCCACAAAAUGAGAUUGCUUUUCAUAAUAGCAAACCACCAAGUGAUGCGUCUGUCUGUUGACAAUGCUUGAUCAUAUUUUUUCGGCUUGGAUGUGGUUUGGAUCCAACCGGCCUGGAUUGUGUAGUGGUACAGUUUUAAUAUUAACAUUAAUUGUGUCGACUUGGCUGUGUGGGAUUCACGCAAGCAUAAGUUUAGGACCAGGCGGCGAAUUCCCAGGAUUUUAUGAUUUCGUAUUAUAUGCCUUUAGCCACGAGGAGUUGACCUCCUUUCUCUACAACAUCACUUUACUGCUGUGGCUCGGACCAUGUCAAGAACGAAGAUGGGGCACUUUUGUCUUCCUCACCCUGUCCUUCAUCUCCACUGUGCUGCUUCCUCCCAUUUAUGCCCUUUUUCUUUUUGUCACCGGGGAUGAAGCCAGCAGGGUCUGUGGAUACUCUGCCUCUCACCUUGCUCUCUUCGCAGCUCAGUGUAGGCAGGUGAAGCAGAGGAGAAUUUUGCGAUGUGUUCCUGUCUGGUUCUUGCCUUGGUUCUUUUUACUUCUCAACAUCUUUCUGCUUCCCAGUGCUCCAGGUCUGCUGCACUUUUAUGCCAUUUGCCUGGGUCUCAACUACAAUAAUGUGUUUAUUGAAUUAUUGCAACACAUAGAGAGACUAGGCAUAUGCGCCUGCAUGCCAAAAUGGGCAUACAUCUCUGUUACUUCUUAUCCACACCUGCCAACUUACAUCAUCCCCACAAAAAGACCAGAGCCACGUGUUAACUCAUCUCAGAUGGGAGAUGUGCAAUCAACCAGUAGAUCCCAGUUGGAAGAUCAUUCGCUCCCAUGGCAACAUACUGUUCCUGAGUGGCAUCAGGAGUCUUUGGUAACAGAUUCCCAGAUGUUAGAGGAGCAGAUGCUAAGAGCAGGGAUAUUAGCAUCAUUGCAGGAUGCGCCCGAGGGUACAGCAGAUAAAGUGGAAGUACCCAAGUCCUCAGUAUCUUCAUUACGGCUACAACAGCUGGAGAAAAUGGGCUUCCCCACAGAGAAAGCUGUUGUGGCGCUUGCUGCUACAGGGCAGCUGGAUGGAGCUAUUUCCCUGCUUAUUGAUGAUCAGAUUGGGGAGGAGGCUGUAGUCAUCUCUAAAGGGAAGAAGUCAUCCUUAUAAUCAUAGCUCAGGGAUACCCAGACCAUUUAAAAAACUGAUUGAUUGAAAAUUCUUUCAUUAUGUUUUAUCCUCAUGUUGUUUCAAACCCAUAUGACUUUUGGAUGUGAAGCACAAAUGAAUGAAAGUUGGUGAGAUGGAAGUAUAUUCACAUUACUAAUAAAAGUGAAUGAGGUCCAGGGGCUGGCAAGCUCUAAAAAAUAAAACGAGGUACUAUAAAACCAUCAAAAGUAGUAAAUGUAACUAGCUUCAUUACAGUUUUUCUUGAACUGUAUAAUAGCUGAAAUUUAAUGAGUCAAUCGUUAAUAAUCUUACAUGACAGCCAUGGCCAAUGUUCACUUUUAUUG